AUGCAGUAUACCCAAUUUGUGACGAUGAUCACGGGUUUUUAUAGCGGAUGUUACUUAAAAUCCUCGUUUGAUUUUGCAGGAACUUGCGACAAAAACUUGAUAAUUAUGAUGAGUGUACAUACAUUAAAUUUUACAAAUGGCGAUUUUGACCAUGAUGUAUCCGAUACUACUGAUGACCAUAAUGAUGAAAAAGAGGAGUAUAUUGACAACAACAAUUGUAGCAAUGAUAAUGAUGAAGAUGAAAUCAUCGUUGAUGACACAGAUGAUGUCAAGGUUGAAAAUGUUGUUAUUUACUAUGACGAUGAUAUUGCAAAUACUGAAGUUGAAGAUUUUGUUAUAAGACAGCAAUUAGAUGAUGUCGUCGCUGAUAAAAGGGAUGUUCAAAAUGUUGUCAUUAAUGACGAAAAUCAAGUAGCAAAUGCUGCAGAUGAAGAUUUUGUUAUUGACGAUUUUCCAAUCGAUGAAAUGGAAAAUGUUGUUCAUGACUACGUUCUCCCUAAUGUUAAGGUUGACGAUGACAUUAUAAAUGAUUAUGAUGACGUCAACGUCGACCUAAAUAAUGAUGUUGACGAUGAUAUUUGCCAAAUAUUCAAGUUCAAGGCUGGCAAGAAAUUGUCGAUCAUUAAUUGGAUCGGCAUCGUUAUUAUGCCAUGCGAAAGGAGAAAUUUCCGAUGUUCAGCAAGCAUCGAGGGCACGUCGUGGUUUUUAUUGAAGAAUAGUACUUACGGAAAACCAAAAAAUCUUUGCGUUCAAAAAACGAUCGGGACGAAUGUUACUUAG